CCGCUGAGGACCGGGGCCCCUGACGGCCCGCCGGCCGGGACCCUGCUGCAGAGUGUGCCCCGCCACGGGCCCCCAGCUCAGCCAUGCUGGCCUGUCUGCAGAGGACCCAGAACCCACCGGGCCAACACCUGGCCUGCCCAAGCAAGAGCCUGGAGCUGCGCAAGUGCGAGACGGUGGUGAGCUCCAUGCACGCCUCCCGCUACCCGAGCCCGGCCGAGCUGGACGCCUACGCUGAGAAGGUGGCCAACAGCCCGCUGUCCAUCAAGAUCUUCCCCACCAACAUCCGCGUGCCCCAGCACAAGCACCUCAGCCGCACCGUCAACGGCUACGACACCAGUGGCCAGCGCUACAGCCCCUACCCGCCGCACGCCGCCGGCUACCAGGGCCUGCUGGCCAUCGUCAAGGCUGCCGUCUCCUCCUCGGGCGUGGCCGCACCUGCCGGGCCCGCCAAGAGCGUGCUCAAGAGCGCCGAGGGCAAGCGGACCAAGCUGUCGCCGGCCACCGUGCAGGUGGGCAUCGCUCCCUACCCGGCGCCCAGCACCCUGGGGCCCUUGGCCUACCCCAAGCCGCCCGAGGCGCCUGCCCCACCGCCCAACCUGCCUGCGGCUGCCACCGCCACCUCGGUCAUCCCCCUGCCCAGCCGCGGCCUGCCCCUGCCACCCUCCAACCUGCCCUCCAUCCACAGCAUCCUCUACCAGCUCAACCAGCAGUGCCAGGCCCCGGGCGCCGCACCCACUGCCUGUCAGGGUGUGGCCGUUCCCCACCCCAGCCCGGCCAAGCACGGCCCCGUGCCCAGCUUCCCCAGCAUGGCCUACUCUGCCACUGCUGGUCUGCCCGACUGCCGAAAAGGCACCGAGCUGGGCCAGGGGAGCACGUCGGCCUUGACGUUGGCUGGAACCACCAAGCCUGCGGGGUAUGUGGAGGGUGGCCUGGAUUACCUGCUGUGGCCACAGAAGCCGCCCCCACCGCCCCCCCAGCCCCUGCGGGCCUACAGUGGCGGCACGGUGGCCAGCAAGUCCCCAGAGGCUUGCGGGGGGCGGGCAUACGAGCGGGCCACCGCAUCGCCCCUCAACUGUGGCAUGGGGCUGCCUGCCAGCUUCACUGUGGGCCAGUACUUCGCCGCCCCCUGGAACAGCGUGCUGGCGACCCCCACCAGCGACUGCUACAACCCUGCGGCCGCCGUGGCCGUCACCGAGCUGGGGCCGGGGGCAGCCCGGGACCUGGCGGGGCCCACCGCAGAGGCCCUCUCGGGCCUGCCCAGCAAGAGUGUGUGCAACACGUCGGUGCUGAGCAGCAGCCUGCAGUCGCUGGAAUAUCUCAUCAACGACAUCCGGCCGCCCUGCAUCAAGGAGCAGAUGCUGGGCAAGGGCUACGAGACCGUGGCUGUGCCCCGGCUGCUCGACCACCAGCACGCCCACAUCCGCCUGCCCGUCUACAGAUAAGGCCUGCCUGGCACCCGCUCGGACAGACGGACAGGGCGCCCAAGGGGGAGGCAGGCCGCAGGACAGGGCGGGCGGGGGGCUCCAGGGGCCCUGCCCCGUGCUUGGUUGCCCGCUGGUGCCCACAGGGAAGCCAGGCUGGCUGCUACCAUCCAGGCGCCUAUCUGGGAGCGGCAGAGUGACCUCGCUCACUAAGGGCCCCCCCAGCUGCCCCAGGACCCUGGGCGUGCCUGAGGCAGCCGCUGACCUCCAUGCCUUCCUCCAUCCAAGCUGGCAGAGACAGGGAGAGAGAAACCACUGAGGAACAGGAAUGGCUCCCUUCGCUUUUCCCGGGAAAGGUGCCGGGGCCAGGGUGGGAGGCAGGAGGAAAGAUGAUGGUCUCGACUCAGAAGUCGAGAGCUUCUCCUGGCCCCAGACUCCUCAGUCUCCUAGAAAAGUCGAGGGGGCCUGUAGGAAGUCACGGGGCCCAUAGCACCCCCUCAUCGGCCAGGACAGGUGAAGACCACUCUCAUAGAGGCCCCAGGACUGCCAGCCCGCCCGCGCCGCCCCUAGACUCUCCUUCCCCUCCCCCACGCUCCCCCACGCUCCCCAUUCCUUCCCAGCACAGAACCACGCUCCCAUCCCCCACCCUCCAAACCCCGGCUGCCGCUGGCCCCUUCCCUCCAGCACAUUUCACAGGGCUGCCGGGCACAGGGGUGCAGACGGCGCACUGCACAAGGGCACCUCGUCCAGGGAGAUCCCACCUGCACCCUAGCCUUGUGUAGUUAUUACAGCGAUUUCCCUAACCCAAGGAAGGGGUGCCGGUUCCUCUUCGCACAAAGGCACCCUAGGGAUGACCCAUGGGCCUGCGGUCUUAGACCCCGGUCAGAGGGACCUCGCUCUGCCUUCUUGGGGAGGUCUCCUAGGAGCCAGCAAGGGGGAAACCUGCUGGUUUUAAAUGGGCAAUCCCAUCCCAGUCACACAAGCUGCCCCCCAAAGCCUGCCCCGCACCAUCAGGGGUACGGGGAGGCGGGCAGGGCCCCCUGUUAUGUCCCCAAGGCCCGUAUUCCCCACGCCCCGGCCCCUCUGGCGUUCCAAAAGCGGUACUGUAUCUCUCUCCAAGGCCUGCUCAAGCACUAAGUGCAUUUACAAAUCUCUGAGAAUGUUUUUUUUUUAUACUAAAAUUGACCAUUAUAUUCUACUGUGAGAAGUGCAGCCUGCACUAUAUUGUUUUAAAAACGAAGAGAAAGAAAAAAAAAGGAAAACACAGAUGGUGUCUCAGCUGUGGGAUUGUUUUGUAGCUCUCGGUUUUGUUCUUUCUUCCUCCC